AUGAACGAGAAAGUUGGAAGGACAGAGCUUUACAGGAAAUGUACUGGUCCAUAUUUGACUUACGAAAAUGUUUCGUGGAAAAUGUUCUUACGAAAAGAGGUGUUUAUGGCGAAGGAGAAUCUAAGCAGCAAAAUAACUCAACAUCUUGUAUUUAGACAGAUUGUUUGGGAUACAUAUAAAACAUCUUCAUGUAGAAUGACGAGAUCAGACAGAUCCACAAUGAAGCAGCUUUUGGGUGAUAUAUUCAUUGAUGUUCAUCUUUAUCCUUUAGAUAUUCCUGAUAAUCCAUCACAAUCCUGCAGAAUAAAACAAAAUGACGGCGUCGAUUAUCAAUACGUUGCCGUUUCUCAUUCCGGAGUUCAGUUUAUCAAGAGGGAACGAAUAACGAGCGAAUUGAAAACAGUUGAAAAAUAUUUAUAUACAGAUGUAACGAAAAUUCGCGCCACAAGUGACAAACUGACGCUAAAGACAAAAUCAAAAAAGAUAUAUGUUUACAGUGCGAAGGACUCGAAAUACGUCAAAGCGAAGUAUGAUCACAUCACGAACGAGGCCACUCUACUUAGUUUUAAAAAAAGUGACGUCAUCAAACUUGUUGCAAAAUCUAACCAAUCAGAAGGUUGGCUUUAUGGUGAACUUGGAUCUGGUGAAGGCUAUUUCCCAGAGGAAUACGUGACGGAUCUAAAUGAGCGCUGUCGGUCGAUGUCGAAGAACGGAACAAGAUCAUCUACUUCAAGUUCAUUGACCAGACCUCCAUCACCGAGCUCAAUCAGCCGACAAUCCUCACAGUCAGCAGACGAAAGUAGAUACUCCAUGUUAGAGUUUGCUAUGAAGUAUUUUCGCUAUGGACAUGACAUGUAUGUUAUGCAGAGAAAGAAAGAUGGUUCGGUCCGAGGAACGAUAAAAAUCAUGGACUCUAUUGGCCGAGCUAUUAAAGGUGGUCGCAAGGAAAAUGAUUGGACUUGGAAAAAUCAGGCAGAUCUCAUUAAAUUCUCAAAGACGUGUCACGAGCAUCCUCAAUUAAAAGACGAAAUUUACUGUCAGAUUAUGAAACAGGUCACCAGCAACAAAAGCAACAAACCUGACAGUUGCGUCAAAGGAUGGAGAUUGUUCAUUAUUCUCACUGCCUAUCUUCAAUGUUCAGAAGUUCUUCGACCUUAUCUACUUCGUUUUCUCCAGACCAUCUCGAACGAUCCCAAGCGAGAGUUUCAUGGUGCUGCCUCAAACGCUGAAAUGAAUUUAUUAAAGACGAUGAAGUAUGGCGGACGUAGAACUGAACCUGGACCUGACGAAAUGGAACAACUUAUCCAAGGGCGAAGCACGAAGCGACUUCCAAUUUAUCUUCCUGGUGGUAUAGUAAAAGUUUUAAAGGUCCAAACGUGCAGUACCGGUUACGAUGCGAUAAAGGGUCUAUGUAAUGAGUUGGAUCUGUCAGGAGAAGAUGAAUGCAACGAGUUUGGAAUGUUUACAUAUUUACGAAAAGUGAAAACAUUGGAACCAGUUCGCGCCAAUCAGUACAUCAUGGAUGUCAUAUCGAUCUUAGACCGGAAGCGAGUAGAUCACCACAUGCACUUCCGGCGUGUUGUAUGGCUUAAAGAUCUUCGUUAUGAAAAUCAAUCAUUACUUGAUAUGUUAUACAAUCAGGUUUUUCCCAGCGUCAAAUCAGGUGACCUGCUUGGCGGGCAGACUGUAGAUGUUAACCUUCAGAAUCAGGUGUCAUUACUGACUGCAUUGGAGUAUCACAUUCUUGGAAAUCGUCAACCACCAACUUGGAAACAUGUUUCAAAGUCAAUUCCAGACUGCAUCGUGAAGUCACUAAGCUCACAACAAUGGCUGGCUAUGGUUCAAAAUCACCAUCAAAACAUAAAUAAACUUUCUCUUGAUGAAAGCAAAAAAAAAGAUACUUAG